CAGCCCGGCCAGAGGCCUGAGGACAACAGAGACGAGACGAGACGAGCGCUGUGUUAACGAGCGAUAAACAAUACUGCUGUGACAUUAAGGACGAUCCAUGCAACCCAUUUGUGAAAUUAUAGUGAAUACUGUACAUACAUCAAGUUAGACGCACUAAAAUUGACGGUGCCUUGGUGGCGUCAAACUUGGAAAGCAGUCAAAGCCACUACAAAGGAAGUGAUGCCUUCUGUGCUCGGACAAAAUCAUUUCACAAUGGAAAAGCAGAAGGUAUUGGCAGAAUGUUGCACCUUCAUCUGCACAAUAUGUGGCGAUGGAUUUAGUCAGUAUCAAAAUGUGUUAAGUCAUAUGUCCAUCCAUGGACCUUUGGAAUCUUUUACCUUUGAUGGCUCAUCUAACGGAUUUGAAGUGCCCAGAGAGUAUGUCCUUCAAGAGAAUGGUACACUGACAGCGUUAACUGGCUUGACACAUCCUGAAUACUCAACCAAACGACCAUCCUCUCCUGGAAUAUUGCCAUCUCAUUUCUCAUGCCCUGUCAACACCAUGUCUCCUUCACAGAAGUCUUUCUCCAGAGAUGUUUUGGCAUCAAAAUCUUUGGACUCGAACCUGGACCAUUCUCAUGGAGGGCUUUACCGUUGCGAAGUUUGUGGCAGAACUUUCAAUAGCUUGCAAUUCUUGCAUCGUCAUCAGCAGUAUAGAAAUCUAGAUGGUGGUUUUAGGUGUACUUUAUGUUGUAGGUUCUUUAAAGGUAGACUGGAACUUAAGAAACACAUGCAAAACCAUACCUAUGAAAGGUUUCACUAUUGUGCAUACUGUGGCAAGCGCUUUGUAAAAAUAGAUGCGCUGAAAGCUCAUAUAAACCAUAGUCAUUCGUCUACCAAACUUUUUGAUGAGUUUGAGAAUAGUCAAGAUUUGAAGUUGGAGAGAUCUUACAGCUGUAAAAAAUGUAAGCUAUCUUUUUUCUGGUUAACAGACUUCCAGAUACAUUCAUUUUACCUAUGCAAAGGGAGAGAGGUGUCUGUAACAUCUGAAACUGAAGAUGCCACUAGAGUUAAUCUGAAAACUUGUAAUGGCACAUCUACUCAUGCUAGGAAUGGAGCAAAGAAAUUGAUGAAUGCAAGCAGUGAAACUGACUCGACAUACAGAUGUGGUUUGUGUGGGGAGCGGUUCCCUGAGUUAACUGCCCUGAAAGAACACCAUACAACACAUGAGUCGCAACAAAAAAUGGAAAAUCCAACUCUGAAAUCAAAGUCAUUUAAUGGACUACUAAGAAAAGCAAAUUGCAGAACAAGAAAAAAACAUUUUAGUUUCACAAUGCAUCCAUGCAAGCUGUGCAGUUGUGUUUUUCAUCAUUCUAAUAGCUUAACCCAACAUAUGAAAUACCAUAAGGGCAUAAGUCAUACAUCCAAAAUCGAUGGCCAAGCUCUUGGACCUGACAAUAAAAAUAAGGCUACAGAAAUUCAAAGGGCAGCUUGUGAAAACUAUAAAUGUCACAAAUGUGAGAAGAAGUUCGGUCUUCUGUGUGUCUUUAAGACACAUUUACGCUAUCAUAGAAAAGAAGGCAAGGCAGGCGCAGCAUCUACAAAUUCCUCCUCUAAAGAUGAAAAGCCAUGCCAAGACAUGACAGAGAGCGAUACUCAUGAAGCUGCUCCAAGUGAAGAGCAUGUCCUUGAAGAGGGCCAUACAGAAGAUACAGAGCAAAAUGGUGUUCUCAGUGCUGCAAAUGUUAAGGAAAAUGCACCUGAGUCCAAUUAUACAUGCACUGAAUGCUCCCAGACGUUUGAAUGCAUGGAAACAUUUGUUCAGCAUCAGCUUUCUCAUGGCUCAGAAAACUAAAGACGAGUCGAUACGGAGUGAACGCAUGAGCAGACCAAGAGCCGAGGGGAGCACGCCUUGGGCUUUGGAUUUGCUUUGUGCUUGAAGCAUGACACCAUGUAGAUGAUUCCCAGACUUUUUGUCUCACAGAUUUCCAAAUGUAGUGCCCAGAAAAUUGGAAUUCCCUUGCUCCUAAAAGUUGACGAGAGAACGGGCAAAGGAUGGCUCAAGGUUGGGACCCAUACUUGCAAAAGUACUCAUCUUUACCUUCAGACCAUGGGACUCCUGACUCAGAAGUGAAAAAUCCUCAUCCUGCUGGUGGAUUCGUAGGUCAUGGUGGAUUCUCUAGUGCGAGCAUUCCACAUGGAGCCUCUGCAUCAAACUGCUGUUUUAGCAAUAGUCUUGAAAACGCCAAUACCAACUGGUGCUCAGAGAUGGGAAAUUAUCAAAGAAACCCCAGAGAAAUGUCAUGGCAACCUGAUGGAGAACAAAGUGACUACUUGACUAAAUGGGAGAACAGUAUACCAAAUUUUGAAACAAGUAUGUCGGAAACAGCUGGACACUGUUUAAAUUCGCCACAAUUAGGAUCUCAACAGGAAUCUGUGGUGCCCACCGACACUGAAUAUUUUAACGACUGCAUGAACAUUCAAGAGUCUUCAGAUGAAGGUGGAGAACCAAGAUCAUCUUGUGGAUUCAUGACCAGCACUUCUGUAUAUAACCCUCAAACUGGAGCUACUGCUAAUUAUCAUUCACACUGGCCUCAGAAACACUCUGGAGAUGCUAAGGACUUAACAUAUCCAAAAACUGUUUGGCCAAAUCUAACAGCAGAAAAUACAACCAAAUGUGUCCAAGACAAGGGUAAGUCAUUUGAGCACGCUAAAUCAAGUGCAUGCACUGAUGCAGAGACACAGGGGGUGGGACGUUUUGACCAAACCUGUAAACAAGAGGAAUUUUUAAACAUUUGUGACAAGGCAAGUGUGUCUGAGAAAUACAAUGGGCAUUGCAGAGAAACUUUGAUGAAUGCAAAGGAAACAAAAGAAACUGUUGAACAUAAGGUAUUCAGUGACAAUCAACCAACAACUACCCAGGGAUCCAACCCAAACACUGAAAGUCUUUCAUACUCUUCAGUAUUACCAGAUAAGUCAGUCACAUAUUGUUGUCAAACUGAAGUGGAUGAUCCAAUUAAAACUGAAACACAACACAACAAAACUAUUGAUUUGAUGAACAGUGAUUUCAGCUUGAGUAGGUCCAGUGAAACAAGCAAUGCUUUAGAGUCCAGGUUUCACACCAGUGCAGCUUUGAUGCGAGAUAAUGAAAAGGUCAAAGAAACAGUAGAUGAUCCAUCAAUACAGUUGGUGAGUAAAGGAUCUGUUCCCACUGGUGAUGCUAGGUCUCCUGAGUCCUCCAUAGACCCCCAUUUGCAUUCUUCAACAAAAACUGAAAGUGCAGAGCAAGCAGCAUCUUUUGAAGAAGUUGAUGAAACUGCUAAUUUAAGUAGUAGCAGGCUUUCUGUUUUCAAUGUUGGUGAAACCAGUACUCAAGGAAACUCCCUAGUAGAAGAGACCAGUGGAAUGGCACACAAUGAUAAAAAAUGUAAUGGUGAUGCUGAUACCUCACAAAAAAGCAGUGAAAGUGGUGGUCUUGGGACCCUUGAAAUCAAAACCUCUGUAAUUGAGCAAGCAUGUACAGCAGAAAAGGAUAAUGAAUCUGACAAUAUAUCAGAUGGUGAUGAUGCUGUAAAUUAUGGUGUUAAUAACAAGCCAAUAGUUGUGCUUGAUUCAGGACAAACAUCUGUGGUGGACAGUCUAAACAUCAAGGUAGAAAAAGAAGCUUUGACUGACCCUAAUAAGAAACCAGUUAAAGGCAAGCAGAAUGCAUUUCCAAAGUUUGACAUUAUGGGUAAAAAAGAAGUCCUGAACACAAAUCAUCCAAAAGACAAAUCAUCUUCACACAUGAAAACUGAGGCCUUAAAUCCAGAAAUAAAAUCAGUUUGUCAAGCAGAAAGUCACUCCUCUGAUCAAUUAGAGUGCCCAAGUGAUGAUGAGAAAAGUGUAUCCUGUAUGGAUUUUGAAAUGUUGACAAACCAGAGUACAGAGGAAAUUGAUCACUCUUCACCGUUUGUCCAAAGUUCAAAUGUCCAAGCAAGUCCAAGCAAUUCUGAUAAUGAACAGUCGGUGUAUGCUGAUGGUGAACCACUGUCUCCCCCAUCUUCUGAAGUACAUGAAUUACCUGAACUAGAUUCUUCUGAACCUGCAGAAUUAUUCAUUGAAAAAUGCCCCAAAAUGAGAUCCUCUACAGAAAUGUUGAAACGACUUCAGCCUGUUGUUCUCCUUAAAACCACAGAUGUAGAGAAUUUAACUAGCAACAAGUAUUUCUGUGCACAAUGUUUGUACAAUGCCUCCAAUUUGGAUGAUCUAAUUGAACACCACAAUCAUCAUCAUUCAAUGCAUAGUUUUCAGUUGUGCACAUCUUGUGGUGUGUAUUUGGCACAUCAGGAUCAAACAAGGAAACAUUUGUGUCAAUAUAGCCCUAGGUCUCCUUCAGAUGUGGUAAAGGGGGAAAAAAGAAAAGGCUACCAUUGCCAGAAGUGUGGACUUUCUUUUUCAAAAUGGAAUAUAUUCAUCAGUCAUAUGCGCUCACACACCGGAAAAACACCAUAUAAAUGUGAAAAAUGUGGACUGUAUUUUGCGCAGGGUUCUUCUUUACGUAGACACAGAAAUAUUUCCAAACGGUGUGGAAGGUCCCAACCAAUUAACAGAAAACAUACUUCAAAUUCUCACACUGAUACAGUAAAAUCAGUGUUUGAUUGUUAUGUGAAGCUCUAUGACAUAACAGAAACAAAUAUUUGUAAGUUUUGUGGUAAAAUUUUCAAGAGCAAGCUAAAGGUUUCAAAGCAUUAUUACAAUGUGCAUAAAAAGCCAGGUACAGUCAAGCCAGUAGAAAAACCUUUUGAGAUAGCUGUAGAACUUGGCUCAGAUAAGUAUAAGUACAAGUGUCCAUUGUGUCCACAGAUUUUCAAUAAUCAUGUGAACAGAAAUCGGCAUCUGAAAAACUGUGUCAGAGUCAUUACUUACCGCAGGCAAUGCAGAGCCAAUGGAAGGUUCAAGUGUCCAUUAUGCCUUGCAACAUUCAGUCUGACUUCUAACAGGUAUAGACACAUUCACACUUUUUGUCUAAAAAACUUUCUAUCAUUUCUUGGAAGUGAUAAAUCAAAGCCCAAGAAAUUUGAUCGAUAUUCAAAUGAGAUGGCAACUGUGCUUAAUAAACUGAAGACGGAGGAAGAACAACUAAAUGGCAAAUCAACUGUAAAUGUAAAUGCUGUGCGUGAACCACUCUAUCGGUGCAAUCUCUGUCCAGCUGUUUUUUAUCAUCCAUCUGGAAAAUACAGGCACAUGAAGAAACACAAGCUCUUUGAACUCACCGGACAAAGGUUUAGAUAUAGGAAUUCACUCACAAAACAUCAAUUUAUCAAAAGGUCAUUGACAAAGGAGACACCACAAAGUGUCAAUGUUCCUCUUAAUCAAGGUGACAGACCUUACUACUGUUUGCAAUGUGGGAAAGGGUUCAAAUCAAAUCUCCAUCUAAUCCAUCAUAAAAUAACACACCAGAGAAGGAUUCAGUGUACUGUCUGCAAAAAGAUUCUUCCAACCAUUGGAGAACUCAUUGAACACAGAAAGUCUCAUAUAAAUAGAGGGUUGCUUCAAUGUCCAGAUUGUCCCCAGAAGUUUGCUUAUCCUGUAUAUCUUUUAAGACAUUUGCGUACACACCUGAAGAGUCAAAAUCAACUACUUCAGCAAGAGGUGACUGACUCUCAUUCUACCCAGACUCUCAGUGAAGGGCAACAUUCUUGUCCAUUGUGCAAUGAAGUAUUUGAUGAAGCACAACUACUCAGCAGCCAUUAUUUGACACACCCCCCCAAACAUUGUGCAGAUUGUCCAUUUUGUAAACGCAAAUUCACAAAGAGACGUAAUUUACUCCGGCACAUGGCUAGGCAUGUUGGUGGUAAACGAUUUUUCUGCAAAUGUGGAAAACGAUUUUCCAAAGAACAUAGCUUAAAAUUACAUCAUGAAACUUGCUCAUCACAGAAUCAGUCGUUGGCCUGUCGUUAUUGUUCUCGUUCCUUUAUUCGUAAAGUGCAUCUUUACAAACAUUAUAGAGGCCACCAGAACAAUACUUUGACUAAAUGUCCAACAUGUGACUUUUUUUUUGGAAAUUCAAAAUUGUACUUGCAUCAGAAGAUGUGCAAGGGUGAGACAAUGACUGACAGAAGCACAACAUCACAAAAAAAUAACCAAUCAGCUGUCCUCAAGGUGUCUACAGGAUCAAACUAUAAAUGUCCAUUCUGUCCUCAAACCUUUAAAUAUCCCUCUCUUUACCGCAGACAUCUUUCUAAACACAAAGAUAUGGAGGCCCAUGCUUGUAUUCUUUGUGGAAAGAACUUCCCAAGUCGACUUUUGUGUUCUCAGCAUGAAGCUUCCUGUGAUGGUUUCUUCAAAUGUGAAGAAUUGAUGGCUGAUAAAAAAGCAGAAAAUCUUCCCCAAAGAGAAUCAACUGACUUCAAAUGUAAAUUCUGUAACAAGACUUUCACAAAAUCACAAAAUCUUAGACAGCACAUUUUGUCCCACAAUGAAGUAAAGCCUUAUCGAUGCAAAGUGUGCGAUAGCUGCUUUUCAAGGUAUGACCACCUGAAAGUUCACUUAGGUUGUUGUAGAGGGAAAGUGAAAUUGCAAUUAAGGCCUCAGAUCUGUAUCCCCAAAAUCAGUUUAGAUCACAUUGGUACUGGUUGGCAAAAAAAUCUUGGGCUUUGUAAUGUUGAAAACAGUCAGAAAUGUGAAUGCAAGAUCUGUGGAAGAAAUUUUGCAAGUCAAUCCAGACUUAAUUGGCACAAUUCAAUGUUCCAUAGUGUAAAGCGAUUUAAGUGCAUGCGUUGUAGUUCAUUUUUCUCUACUGAAAAAUCUCUUCGAACUCAUAUCAAGCUUAGAAGAUGUAGACUGGCCUCUAUUGUCAAAGGCAAGCCUCAUAAAUCAGAAACACAGGCCAUAAAUGUUUCUUCUGAAAAACACAGCAAAAUUCUUGCAAGAAUUCAGCCCAUUUCUGCAAAACAAGAUAUAGGCAAUAUUUUGAAAUGCAAUUUUUGUCCUCGUACAUUCCGAACAAGUGCACAUUUACAAGUACAUAUGUAUCUUCACACUGGUGAGCAGUCAUUUGUCUGUGACUGUGGCAAGACAUUUUUAAGAAAACACCAUCUGCAACGGCAUGUGCAAACCUGUGUGAAAAAAACUGAUCCAAGUCCAUCAAGUGGCUUUUCUUGUGCAUAUUGUAGUUCCAGAUUUUUGCUUUUUUCUCAACUCCAGGAGCACUUUUUAAAUGCUCACAAACUAGAAACAAAGAGUGAACCUUUAAAAACUUCACCUCUGCAACAUCAUUUAUCAAAUAUUCAAAAGUUUGAAGAAAAUCCAUUGUAUGGACCAUCUCAGGCGUCAAAACUCACAAGGCCAGUUGAUGGUGAAGAUUGGCAAACAGCUCCCCAAUUAAGGGAAAGUCCCUUUACUUGUAAUAUUUGUAAUAAAGGUUACUGGAAUAAAACCCUUCUUCGCAAUCACCUUAGAAAAUGUAAAAAGCAAGUCUCAAACAGUAACCAUUCAGUGGAGGAUGAUGUCCCUUUAAGAGCAAAUAUUGAAAUGGUACUCACCAGUUCCCCUGCUGAACACUCACCUGAAGAAGAAAUGGAAGACUUGGAAGAAUCUGAACCACAAAACAAGCCAUUAGUAGAGAAAAAAACUGUUGUGUACCAAUGCUCAGAAUGUGAUAAGAGUUUCACUGACGGCCUUAUGCUCAUUAGCCAUUUAGAGGACCAUGGAAGAGAAGAACAAGAAAAAAGACUAAAUAAAUGCUCUAAAUGUGGAAAGAUGUUCUCUAGUCAAGCAAGGCUUGAAAAACACAUGAUGGUCCAUGAAAGUGGUAUGUUUGUUUGUAGAGACUGCUCAGCAGAGUUUCCCUCAAAAACAGAACUUGAACUCCAUAAAAAGGGAUACCAUGACCCCUCACACCCUUAUUCUUGUCGAUUAUGUAAAUACAGGUUUAGGACUAGAGUAUCUUUAUGUGAUCAUUGUACUAAAGAGCACCCAGAUGAUAUUUUUUCUUGUAAUCUCUGUGAAAGGAACUACACUCUCCGAGCAUCUCUGGUGAGACAUAUGAACAGAAAUCAUGGAGAGGUGAAAGAGCAGAAAGAGCAGAAAGAGCAGAAAGCUGAAGCUGAAAAAUCAUUAAGCGCUCAAAGCACAUCAGAAAGUGAAGAUAACGAUGACAACAAUGAUGACAGUGACAGCAUUGAUUCUGAUUCGGCCCCAUAUUUCCCAUGUCAUGUGUGCGGCAAGACCUUUACCACAUCGGAAAAUCUUGAAGACCAUCAGCGAUGCCAUCUUGGUGAAAAACCUUUUGAAUGUGCUGAAUGUGGACAAUGUUUUUUUCAAGCUGCCCAAUUACAACAGCAUGAACGAAAGCAUAAUUCGGAGUUUCAGUGUCGAGUGUGCAACAGGGGUUUUGUCUCUCUUUUUGCACUAAGAAAGCAUAAGCAUACUUCUGGAAAAAAGCGACCUUUCCGAUGUACAAAGUGUCAGUUAUGUUUUAGAAGUCACGCAGAAUUGUUGGACCAUAAGCUCAGUCACCAGGGGGAGAACUUUCCUUGUGACAUAUGCAACCGUGUGUUUUCUUCCAAGAGCAGUAGAGCAGAGCACCGGAAAAUUCACUUGUCAAGAGGUACUGAACUGCCAGACCACAGUGCAGUUGAAACUGAUAAUAAACCUGCCUCUUUGACAAAUGAAUUUAAAUAUCGAUGUGGUGUCUGCUGUGUGCGUUUCCGAAAUCCUGAGGAGCUUUCAGAACAUGGUUGCCUGGCAAGUAUAGAGCGUCAGUAUUCUUGUAUGGACUGUGACAAACAUUUUUUGCAUUCCUCUCACCUGAAAAUACACUUGAGCACCCAUAAGCAGUCAUCUCUGAGUAAAUAUCCUUGCAAUCAUUGUAACAACAGCUUUUCUUCUUCUCAUGAUUUUCUGAACCAUCUCAGAAACCACGAUGAAACCCUCCGCUAUGGUCAACAAGGCUUUGUCUGUCCAGUUUGUCAUCAGUGUUUUGGAAGUCCUGCUGAACUGGUAUUUCAUUUCCCAACACACCCAAGUGAAACUUUUGAAUGUAAAAUUUGUAACACAACUUUCCUCACUGCAAGCAAGCUGAAAGAACAUGUAUGUCACACUAAAAACUCAAAAUGCAAAAAGUGUGAUCAAAACUAUAUGGGCAGUAGUCAUGAUUGUUCUCAAAAGCAACUUGAGGGAUCAUAUGGUGAUGACGAUGAAAUCGAUGUUACUGGUGAAGAUUUGUGCUGUUGCCCUUUCUGCCCGAUGCAGUUUUCUUCAAAAAGUCAUCUGCUGGAGCAUCAAAACAGACAACACCCAAAAGAAAAAUCAUUUACAUGUGAAAUUUGUGCUAGAACUUAUGCAAAACAAAAGUAUUUAGAUAAACAUAUCAAAAAACAUCACCAAAAAGAACCUGCUCAGAGCACAUCCCAGAUUAAGUUUCAAUGCGCCCAGUGCCACAGUGAGUUCAACACAGCAAAGGAGCUGUCUCUUCAUUUGAAACUACAUGCUGCAGAAAAAGAGGUUGGUGAAUUCCGUUGUGAUAUGUGCUACAAGUCUUUUAGUCAGCUAAGUCUUCUCCGACGUCACCAAGAAAGCCAUGUUGGCCAAGUAGUGUACGAGUGCACAGAAUGUGAUAAAGCUUUUGCUUUCCCACACCUGUUGGAGGCACAUCAGCAAAGUCAUGUUUGAGUCUCUAUGCACCGUCAUAAUUUAGUUUUGAUCUAUUAUACUUUAGUCACAUUUUCUUUCAAUAGUAGUGGCGUUACCUUUCCUCUCCAAUUGUACACAUGUAUAGUGUAAUAUUGUGGAAGGUAAAUGCAAAGCAUGAAACAAUGUUUAGACUGUCAAGUUUGUAAAAUAGCAUUUUAUAGUUAAUUUUUUUUAAAUGUCCAUAGUAUUUUGUUUAUAAACAUUUGUUACAUGUAAUGUGUGCAUUUUUAGUAGUCAUUCCUGUCUUCAAGCUGUUCAAUAUUUUUACAAUAUUUGAUGUUCUUGCUAUUUGGAGAAAUUAAGCAGUAAAUUAUUUUACUGCCAAAUACACAUGGUUUGGGAGCUUUUUAAAAAAAAAAUAAAUAAAUGAAUAAAACUAAUUAAA